AAAAACAACUGGAUGAAAAAAAAGAAAAAAGAAGGAUAGAAACGGAAAGCAAAUUCUGUGUAUGGCCCAUUAUGUGUCAACUCACUUCGCCUAUUGAUGUGAUCUUCUUCAUCUUAUAAUCCCCCUUUGUUUAGACAGAAGAACAUAUGUAGUUUUAUAAUUUAGUUUAAUUAUUAUUAAUAAUAAUGGAUAGAGGAGGGGCAGAAGGGUCAUCAUCAUGGGGCGGCGGCGAUCCGGCGGCAGCGGCGACGCCGAGCCGGUACGAGUCACAGAAGAGGAGAGACUGGAACACAUUCGGGCAGUUCUUGAGGAACAUGAGGCCGGCGGUGGGGGUGGCACAGUGCAACAGUAGCCACGUGCUUGAUUUCAUGAGGUAUUUGGAUCAGUUUGGGAAGACAAAGGUUCACUCGCAGGGGUGCACGUUUUACGGGCAGCCGGAGCCGCCUGCCCCAUGCACCUGCCCGCUGAGACAGGCGUGGGGCAGCCUAGAUGCCCUGGUCGGCCGGCUGCGCGCCGCGUACGAGGAGAACGGAGGAUCGCCGGAGUCAAACCCAUUCGCAAGUAGUUCAAUAAGGAUGUAUUUAAGGGAAGUUAAGGAGUGUCAGUCUAAGGCGAGAGGGAUUCCCUACAACAAGAAGAAGAAGAAACCUGGUGCACCCGCCCGAAAUCAUGAUGAUGAAUCCAAUUCUUCUUCUUCUUCUUCUUCUUCAAUCCCUUUUUCUUGAUCCCGGAUUUCUGACCGUUGGAUCAAAUAUAUAUAUAUAUAUAUAUCAAAUAUGUGGUCGGCCGGCCGGAUUUCUUUUUCUUGUUAAUGUUGUUUUUUCCCCCUUACUAGCAAAUAAAAGUCAAGAUUUUAUAUUAUUAUAUAUAUAUAUAUAGUAAUUAUUCAUUAUCUUUUUGCUCAUGGAAAACCCCCUUCUAGGUAAGAGUCAAGAUUUUAUUUUAUUUGGGUAUACUCAAAACUUGCAUUGUAAAUGUAAUUUGAUAGUGGUGUUUGAGUUAUUGAAGUGGAAGAUGAGAAAGAUUAAUCAGCACAA